AUGUCGCACAGUUCCUCAAUGUUGCUGACGCUCGCCUUUGUGCUGCCGAUGCUGACGUUGGUCUCUGGGUUCGUCAGCAGCUUGUCAGUAGGCGAUGAAAAAGGAGCCAGGGAUAGCAAGUUUAUUUUCACCUUAGUCAAGUUUCCGAACGUGAUGUGUGGCUCCGGCAUCGACUCCGGCACCUGCGUCACGGGCGCCGAAUGCACGGCCAGGGGGGGCAGCGUCGUCGGCUCCUGCGCCAAGGGAUACGGAGUCUGCUGUAAAGUGACCCUGACGGGCUGCGGCGGCACCGUCACCCGGAACAACACGCUGGUGCUCUCGACGGACUACCCGAGCUACUACAACGAGGCCAAGACGUGCGAGUACAAAGUGAAGUUCGACGACAGCGCCGGCAACAUCUGCCAUAUCCGGUACCAGCACAUUAGCAACGUGCUUGUUGGACCCUCGAGUGUCGGUAUGGUAUUGUUGUUGUUUGGGUCUGUUAGUGAUGGGUCUUCUGUCUCUUCUUGGUCUGUUUCCGAUUCUUCCUCGUCUACUUAAUAUCAUAUUCCUCCUAAGUCUUCUUUUAUUUCUCUCUCAAUCUCUUAUUGGUAUUAUUAUUAUAAUCUCUUCUUCCUCGUCUUCUUCUUAUAUUAUAUUCCUCCUCCGUCUUCAUUUAUUUCUCUGCCAUCAUAUUUUUUGUCUUCUACUCUUUCUUCUUUUCCUUUUCCCUCUAUUCUCCUUAGUAUUUUCGGUGUUCAAAUUUUCCACUCUACAACCUUCAUGUCAGAACAAAACAAAAUGAAGUAAAGCAC